AUGCCCUCGUCUGUCAUGUCGGUGUUGGGCAACUCUCCAAUAAUCCAUUCGCGCCCUCACCAUGGCGCGCCCCCCGCCCAGCCCGCGCCGCCGCGCCGAUCGCUCCGCAAGGCCAUCUCCAUCCCCGCGGUGUCGUCGCUCGUGCGGGACUCAUGGUCCUGGGCCGGAGACACUCUGCACACUUACCGUGAUGGCCUCUCCCGAGAGCAGCGACAACAAAAGACCGAGGUGGAGGAUCGCAAGCAAGUUCUCUACCUGAAGAUGAAGCAUGUGAGUGUCGUGCCUGGCGGGCUGAGUCGAGCCGUGUCGUACGAGGAAUGGAGUACUUGCGCCAAAGAACUGGAUGUGCUGGAAGACAAUAUCGCCUGGAAGCAGACAUUCGAGUGCGCCGAAUACCAACCUCGGCUGGUCCAGGAACGGCUGCGACAGCUGGAGGAGGCUCGCAUUAGCUGCGAUGUGAGCCGGAUGCUGUUUCUCGUGCGCACGGCGCUGAGUCGAGACUUGGGGAAUAUGAGCCAUGCAUCGCUCUACCGGCAUAGCCAUAUCGGGACGAAGGACUUGAUUGACCGGUACAUCACCGCCGCCUUGGAGACGAUCUCGACUCUGGUGGACUUGUCGGUGCACGGUCGCUGCGAUAGGCUGGAGCUGAAGUAUAUCUUGGAUCAGCUGCUGGCAGCUCGUCAGGCGUUUGGGCGGAGUGCGCUCCUCUUUUCCGGGGGUGCCACCUUUGGGAUGAACCAUAUUGGCGUUCUCAAGGCUCUCUACGAGUCAAAUCUGAUCCCCCGCAUCAUCUCCGGUGCUUCAGCGGGCAGUAUCGUGUGUGCUGUCUUUUGUACCCGGACCGAUGACGAAUUGCCAGGGCUUCUGGAAACCUACGCGCACGGGAACAUGGCGGUUUUUAAUGAGCAAGGGCGCGAGGAAAACAUCUUCCAGAAGACGGCACGAUUCUUGAAAGUCGGGUCGUUCCUGGAUAUCUCCCAUCUGGCCCAUACGAUGCGGGCCUGGCUGGGCGACAUGACCUUCCAAGAGGCAUACAACCGGACCCGUCGAAUUCUCAAUAUCUGCGUAUCGAGUGCCGGCAUGUACGAACUGCCCAGGCUGCUGAACUACAUUUCUGCACCCAACGUGCUGAUCUGGUCCGCUGUAGCCGUGUCGUGCUCCGUUCCGUUGGUGUUUCGACCUUAUACGUUGAUGGCCAAAGAUCCCUUGACAGGCAUGCCCGUCCCAUGGAAUGACCUCCACAAGCAGUACAUUGACGGGUCCGUGGACGGAGACUUGCCAAUGACCCGGCUUUCGGAGAUGUUCAAUGUCAACCAUUUCAUUGUGUCUCAAGUUAACCCACACAUCGUGCCAUUUCUCCCCAAAGAUGGUGGACCUGUGAAUCCAGCAGAGGAGGCGCAGUCUGCCAUUCCUCGCUUGGUCAAUACGAUGACGUACCUUGCCAUGGACGAAGUGCUUCACCGCAUGACCGUCCUUUCAGAACUCGGUGUUUUUCCUAACUCAUUGACCAAGUUUUCAUCGAUUAUGAAACAGAAAUACGUCGGUGACAUCAACAUCUACCCUGAACUGAUAUCGUCCAAUUUUCCGCGUCUUCUGGAGAAUCCGACAACGGAGUUCAUGCUUGAAGCCUGCCUCAGUGGAGAACGCGCAACUUGGCCUCGGCUGAGCCGGAUUCGGAAUCACUGUGCCAUUGAACUUGCAUUGGAUAGCGCCAUUCAGCAGAUGCGGGCCCGCGUGGCUUUCAGUCCCAGUCAGAUCGACCUGCGCAUUCAAGGCUCACUCCGGGCCGAUUCACAGGACAGCAGUGCCGGACGAGGACGCAUCCGCGCACGACGCCGAGGAUCGCACAGUCAUGAACUGGAGCGGACAAGGCGCCCGAGAGGCCAGUCACGCAGCCGUCCUACCAAUGGACUGAAGAAGGCCCGUAGCACAGUGUCAUUGGAAGAGACUCCGCGCUGGCGUCCGAACGAUCCGACAUUUUGGCCCGCCUUGCCGAAGGCCCUCCACCGUCGAUCAUCGGCGUCGACGGGCGGCGGGAUAUUCGCCGUCGGAUCCGACAGCGAGGACGAAGAGCUCGAGCCUUCCUUCACCGUGCGGCCUGGGCAGCACAGCCAUCGAGCCACAUGGGAUUCAACAGCCUACGGUGGGCCGUCGUUCGGAAACGGCAAAGGCCCGCGCAGUCCGGUGCUGUCCCGACGAUCUUCAUUCUCGGCCCAGUCGUCCCAAAGUACCACCGGGACUGUUCCUCGAUACUCCCCCAAACAAGGCCAUGUGCCUUUGAACCGUGACCUCUCUGUGACCAUGCCACCAUCCUCCCGCCAUUUGCUCAAUAUGACUUCAACAAUUCUGCCAAGCUCCCCGGAGUCCCUGACGCAACUCCUUGGGUGGCUGACUGCUGUGGUUUACUCUAACUAUAGCGGUCUCGCCUAUAUGGUUGGCUCGCGUGUACAUAUAGGGCUACGCAACCUAGUCGUUGCCGCUGGGGGGAAUCUCUUGAUCGAACUUAGACCUGCAAGGACCCCCCGCCCUGACGACGACCAUGUGGAACCCCGCUCUCGGCUGUGGCUGGAACUGCUCGUGAAACGCCCGCCGAUUCCAGUAGCUAGCGCCAAGGCCAGCGUUUCCACGACCGACAUCGUCGUUUACGAAGACGCACACACGAAAUGGAAGCUCCCGCACCACGCGCGGAACAAGAUCGUGUGA